CUCUCAAGUGCAAAAAUAUCAAUUGGCUUGGAAUCGUCAGUCUCGAGAGUGUGGGAGUUCGGGUCUCCAUUUAUCGGUAAAAGAGAAGAAGCGUAUCUGUUCGAUUAAUUAUUGAAACCAUUUGUGCUGUACCGUCUCGCAGCAGGGAUAUUUUUGUGAGAAUCAUGAUGGACAAACACGCUGAUGAAAUGGAGACUCAAUCCCAAACAGAGCACGAUAGACAGAGGCCGACAAAGAACAAAUGUCUGAAAAGGCUGAGGAAAAAUGCAUUCUUAAUCUGCACUUUCAUCGGAAUUAUUAUUGGUGCUGGUUCCGGCUUUUCUUUACGACCCCAGAAAUUGACAGCUGAUACGGUGUCACUGAUAUCCUACCCCGGUGAGCUGUUCAUGAGGACGCUUAAACUCUUGGUUUUGCCGUUCGUUGUGUCUUGUAUAAUCAGCGACAUUCACAAAGUAUGAACUUGUGCCGGGAACUAAUGACACCUAUAGAAAAAUUGUAGAUUCAAGGGCAGGCACGGAUAUGAUUGGUGUAGUUUUGUUUUGCAUUAUGUUUGGAUCAAUCUUGGGCACGAUGGGCCCUAAGAGUCAGGUAGUCAUUGACUUUUUCUCCGUCAUUAACGAGACUUUGAUGAAACUUCUGCGUGGUGUUAUUUGGCUCACCCCGUUCAGCGUCGGGAGUAUUUUGUGCGGGAGAAUCGCCUCAUUGCCGAAUAUCGGCGAAGCGAUGGACCGAUUGGCGUGGCUCGUUCUCACCGUCUUCUUAGCACUGUCACUCUACCAUUUCUUCAUCGUCCAAUUGAUAUACUUCUUCAUCGUUCGCCAGAAUCCCUUCGCGUAUUACGCUCAGCUGGCGCCUUCCUUGCUCACCGCUUUUGCCACCUCUUCCAAAGCUGCGUCGAUACCGAUAACUUUCAAAGUUCUGGAGGACGAAGUGAAGAUGGACAAGCGGAUCACCCGAUUCGUUCUGCCGAUCGGCAACUUGAAUCUGAACGGAUCCGCGGCGCACAUGCCCAUCAGCCUCCUUUUCAUCGCUCAACUCAACGACAUCGAUCUCGGGGUUGGAGACUACGUUAAUUUGCUAAUCACGAUAACAUUUUUGUCGAUGUCGAUGGCAACGGUGCCAAGUGCUAGUUUGAUGAUGACCGUCAUGUUGUGCAGCACCAUCAACGCUCCUCUUGAAGACGUCUCACUCCUGUUUGCCACCGACUGGCUUUUAGACAGAAUAGAGACAGUGAACAACGUAUUGGGAGAUUGUUACACCGUUGCUGUAGUUCAAAAACUAUCGGCCAAAGAGCUAGCAUCUUUGAGACAGGAAAAAAAUGGGACCCUUCAACAACUGAAAGAGAGUAACAUCGACGGUAAAUCAGUGUAGCAGGUGUAGCUGGUUGGACGAAGAAAAUUUAAGCAAGAAUUCACAAUUUAAUAAAAAUUUGUCUCCAGUCGUUGAAGUCAAAUGAGACAAAAACUAAAGUUUUGUAUAUUACAAUGGAAGAAAAUCUGCAUUCACCGUUGAUACUAUUUGAAAAAAAGGAGAGAAAAAAAUCACACCCAAAAUUUAAA